AUGCUCCUCAGCUGGCUGACCACUCUCCUGAGCCUGCUUAGUGGGGCCUGGCUACCCACAGGCUCAGGCCUGGCACUUGUACCCCAGGGUCCCCCACCUCAGCCCUGGGCUGCUGCCAACAGGACCCAGGAUCUGAGCCGAGUGGUCCCGGGCCCCCAGGUGACAGUCUCUGCCCUCAGCAGCUGGAAGGCCUUCUUGGGUCUGCAGAAAACCAGGUGGCUGGAGACCAUGCAGAAGGGACAGGAGGUGGCCACUACCACCACUGGGUUUCUGCCACUGGACCCGCAGGAAGUGGCCCGGGAGACAUGCAAAGCCAUGCCCUUCACUCAGGUGCUCUCCCAUCCCGGCUGCACAGCCGCCCGCCUCCGCAACCACCUCUGCUUUGGCCGCUGCUCCUCCUUCUACGUUCCCAGUUCAGAUGCCUCCCUGAUCGUCCUCUGCAGCAGCUGUGUACCCACUCGCAAGCGCUGGACACCUGUGGUCCUGUGGUGUCAGGCGGGCAGCCCAGCCUCCCGUCGGCGGGUGAAGACAUCCACCAUGCUGGUUGAGGGGUGUCAGUGCAGCCCGAAGCUGAGUCUCCACAAAGCGCCACACCUGGCACAGAAUUCCACAGGAACCAUAAAGGGUCCUGUGCCAAACCCCAAGCAGCCUCCAAGCGAGCAGCUCAGCCCUGGCACCACAGUCACCCCUCUCUCUGGCGGGCAUGAGGUGUCUGCUCCCCCUUCAGCUGUGCCCACCCCUUGCCAGCCAGAGGAGCCAGCUGGGAACCUUGGUGCCAGGGGGCCCCAGAGUCCCUGCCCCCUCCCGGGCAGCGCCAACCAGCCCCCACCCCCUGCCCCCCAGGCCCAGUAA